AAAAAUAAAAAUAAAAACCAAAUAUUUAAGAAAUAUAAAUAGGAGAAGAUCGUUAAUCGUUUCAGUGAGAGUUAUUUAGUGAGAGAAAUAGAUUAGAUAGAGACAAAGUGAUGUCGGGUGGAAUAGCUCGUGGUCGACUCGCCGAGGAACGGAAGGCAUGGAGGAAGAACCAUCCUCAUGGUUUUGUUGCGAGGCCGGAGACGAUGCCGGAUGGAACGGUGAAUUUGAUGGUGUGGCAUUGCACCAUCCCUGGUAAAACAGGGACUGAUUGGGAAGGUGGUUUCUUCCCACUCACACUCCACUUCACUGAAGACUAUCCGAGCAAACCUCCGAAGUGUAAAUUUCCACAAGGCUUUUUCCACCCAAAUGUUUACCCAUCCGGUACUGUUUGCCUUUCAAUCCUCAAUGAGGAUAGUGGUUGGAGACCAGCCAUAACUGUGAAGCAGAUCCUUGUCGGAAUCCAGGAUUUGCUGGAUGCACCAAAUCCUGCUGAUCCUGCUCAAACCGAAGGCUAUCACCUGUUCAUUCAGGAUGCUAACGAGUAUAAGAGAAGGGUUCAUCUGCAGGCGAAGCAAUACCCACCUCUCAUCUAGUAUCACUAAAUACUGGAUUUUCCUCAAUGUUGCCGGUAAAAUGCCUGCUCAUUUCAUCGUGUAUAAUGUUAAAUUAUGCUUUUGCUAGAGAAAAAUGCAUUGCUUUGUGUCUGCAAUUGUGAGUUGGCCUUUCUAUAUGAACCAGCAUUUGUACUUAUCAAAUUUGAAAAAAUUGGGAUGCUUAUAUACUAUACUAGUGGACUUUGUAACUUAAAGAAGGUUUAAUGUUUUUUGUGUUUGUCUA